AUGGAUCCGUAUAUCACCACAGGUCAUGGCUCGAACACUGGACGCACCCUGAAUUCCCACCUGUAUGCAUUCUGCGAUCGGGCUUGGCCCUGGGGAUACAUUAUUUACCGGACCACCUACGCAAGCGAGGAAGGUUGGACGGCUGCCCUGGCCAAGCUUGAUCGUUAUUUCUGCCAGGAAGUCAAGCCACUUAAGGCUGGCUCCGACCGGGAAUUACUGCGAGGGCAGUUGGAUGCUCACAAGCUUAUCUACGAAGGGUACCGGAAUUUUGUUAUUGAGGAUCCCAAGCUAGACAGUGUCGGUGCCGAUAUCAUCCUUAAAAAGCACCGAGAGCGGGUAAAAAGGCACGGAUUAAAUCCUAACGCAAGUUCACGAUUUGGCUACCGCCUAAUGAUUGAUGAGCAGUGUCCUCAAUCUAUCUUAGCAUCCAAAGAGCCUGGAACCGCGGAGCCAGCCGGCUGGGGUCAGUGGACAGGACCGCACGGAUAUAUCAAUAUCUUGGAUGUCGUGGACCAUGAUCCCGAGGAUCCAGAAUAUGACGAAGGGCCGUUUUAUAAUGGGUGUAUGCGGUUGGAGCUUGAUGCUCUUUUUUAUUUUGCUUAUAGCUGCGAGGAUGACCCGCAUUGUGUUCAAUACUGUGGUGUUGAUAGCCUAGAACGGGUUUUGUAUACCGACGGAAGAAGCUCGAAUGGCGGGCUUAAGGACAUGGUUACUUACUGGCAGAAACAGGGUAUGAAUAUCUAUGGGUAUGAACGAAAACCCUAUCCAUAG